AUGCCACGUCGGAAACCUACUAUUUCUCUACCGAUGAAACGCACAAUAGAAGAGGAAAAUGGUGAUAAAUAUUUGAGUAAGAAGGCAAAACCCUCAGAUGAUGUUUCACCAGUGCCUUCUACAGGUGAGGAAAAUGAGGCAGUGUGUUCUUUACAAACUGCUGAUUCAGAAGGACAUAAAACUCCAGUACCGACCACACAGAACAGUGACCUGCAGAUUAUGGGCACACACUCACUGGUCAUUGAGGAAGAACCCACCUUGACAGGUUCAUCCCAAGAACAGCCAUGUGACAUAAAGGGGGAUAACUCUGGUACCAUGGAGGAGGACUCGACUCAGGGAUGCAUUGGAGGACAUUCAGGGUCCUCAGAGAAAAGGAACUUAUCUUUGGAGGCGCUGUUCCAAGUGACAGACAAUGAACUGCAAAAUAUUUCUCGACAACGCCUCAAGUCACCUCAGCAGCUUAUUAUUGACGAGACCCAGAAGGCAACAGUUCAGGAAGUAGAAGGAAAUAUUGUGACAAUUUUGCCCAGCGAUUUGACCUUGGAUGAAAUUGUGAAUGGAAUUAAGUAUAGUAAACAGAUCAGUGUACCUGCAGGUGAGUCCAACACCGAAUCUGUCACAUAUCAAAGUAUACAAAUCAACACUAUUGAAACCCAACCAGCUGAGACUGUGAUUCAGACAGGGGGAACAACUCUCCUGUCAGCAGUUCAGACUGAAACAUCGGGACGAAGAAGAAAACACCCACAGAAACCUGGGAGACACAUAUGUCCAUUUUGUGGCAGAGGUUGUGCUAAGCCGAGUGUUCUCCUGAAACACUUGCGAGCACACACUGGGGAACGGCCAUAUCCAUGUGUAUCAUGUGGAUUUUCCUUUAAGACAAAAAGUAAUCUUUAUAAACACUGUAAGUCCCGAGCACAUGCUCUGAAGUCAGGCCUCAUUGUUGGUCAGUCUAGCAGCAGUAUGGAUAUAAGUGAGGAGGAAGCUACCAACAUGGAGGACAUAGAUGAUUCUGAGGACAAUAGCAGUGGCACUGAAUCAGGAAGUGAAUGCCAGAAAGAGGCUGAGGCUGGUCGGGAAAUGGAAGAAUCAUCUGAAAAACGUGAGCACGCUCAAAUACAUGUUCUGCAGGAAGUUGCCAAAUAUCUUGAAAAACCUAAAGAGGAACGCCCCAAAGUAGAAGUUCCCCAGUCCAAAUUUGAUGGAAAACAAGAUAAAUUUAAAACUGUUCAUGACAAACUCAAAGCUAAACUGAAACGGUCAUUUUCACUGACAGAGCCUUUAAAACAUGUCACAGUGCCACAACUGGAGAGAAAAUUCAGCCAACAAGAUGAACAAAAGUUCCAUAAAGUACAGAGUCAAUAUUUAAAGAUUGCUCCCAAACAAGGUACUUCUGGAGCUACUGUGAAGAUUCCGACAGAGAAAGCAAAACAAGGACUAGUUUCUCCUAUUAUAAUUCAGACUCCAAGUCCUGUGACGGCCCCCACCAGUGUUUCAAUGAAAAGAACAGUGAUACCACAAUCCAUAACCCAAUUUUCUGGCAAGAAAGAAGACAUAUCGGGUGUUACAGGACCAAGCAGCGGUGUUGGUGAACAUAAGAAUUCUCGCCUCCAUGCUCUGUCUUUGGGACUUCCACACCUUACAGGAACUCCCACAUGUCAGGUACCAGUAAAAGACUACUCCGGACCUUUAGAGACAGUAAAACUACCACAACCUAAUGCUAACCCUGCUGUCGCGACAAAAGCUUUGCGAGAUCUUGAAGCAUUAAGUGAAAGCUUUAAGAAUGCAUCACGUGCAGGAUUGAAACUUUACACUUCUGUUAAUAACCUCCCUGAUCGCUCUUGUCAAAUCACCAUUGAGGUCCUACCAUCAAAUUCAACAGGCAGCCAGGUAAUGGCCUCCAGUGUACCAUCACAGACUUCCAUUAGUGCAGUAAAGCCAAUGACACCAGUCACAGGGGAUCUGGAGCCACGGAGUGCUGGUGUUGAGUCCAAAGGAUUCACAUCUGAGAUGCUUAGUGAAAGAAUACAGAAAUUGAUUUCAGCGAAUGCCGCUAUUGUAAGUACUCCAAUGGCGGACCCUCCUCGCCACAAAAGGAUCUCGCGUCAAAACAGUGAGGUUUCCACACCAGGAAUUAAAGUAGAAUUCGGUCAACUCGGUACCCCUUCAUCCCCUCGAGUUUUUGCCCCUGUUACAGCAAACACACCACUGCGGUCACAGAGUUUAGACACAGAGGCCAACUCUAUACAAAUAACACAAGAUCAAGUUACUGCUAGUCCUUCUUCUGAACCCACACUGAGUAAAACCCUAAGUAAUGAAGGACAAGUUUUACCAGACUUUGGGGCGCUAGGUCAUAGAAAUAAAUCACAGGAAAAAAAUACAUUGAGGGAAAUUCAGGAAACUGAGGAAGUGAUGAAAAAUGAUGGAUCAGAAUAUCAGAAAGAUAUCCCACAGGCAGUUGUACAAGAUUUCAAAGAUUCUGAUAUUGCAACUCAUGAAAUACAUGUUGUUAGCUCUGAUGGACAAACUAGGAAAAUGGAAUUAAAGUCUCGACCACCUUUAGUCAGACAGAACUCUGUGUCCAGUUGUCCACUCUCUACACAGUCUUCCGUACUGUCGGAUAAUGGUGGAAAUCUGCAGCAAACUCAAAAUGUGUCUGUAGCUAACAGCUCUCCUGAUCAUCAUACCAAGACAAUGGUAGGCAAGAACCAGCAAGGCCAGGAAAUUACAAUAAAAAUACAGCUGUCAAAACCAACAGAAGGUAAUGACAACAAGAAAGUUGAUAACAUUGUGAAGGAAACCAAAGAAGGAGAUAGUUACGGUCCUCAUUGUUGCCCUAAAUGCUAUGUUUCUUUCAAGAAAGAACAGACACUGGAGUUACAUAAGUUGUAUUACUGUAAGCCGUCAGGAACAGCCUCUGUGACCAAACCUGUUCAGUCCCUUACAUCAGCUCGUAGUUUGGAGAUGAUUGAUCAGGAAAAGGUUGUACGUCUUUUCACUCAUGGAGAGAAUGUCAUCAGAAAAGUGAUUCCUCAGGGCACUGUAAGCUUAGCAAGUACUAUAGCUGGAAUACAGGCAGGUGUUAGGCCAGAGGUCAGCACUUCUCAACCCAAACCAAGUGAUCAAGGUCAAGUUACCAUGGCAACACCUAUGGCAACACCAACUACACCAAUACAAGUCAUGAUGCCAUCUUCAUCACCUUCUGCAUUUGCAAUCACCAUGCCAAUGACCCCAACGACCCCACAGACUGCAGAUAAUCAGGAACUUAGUAUAUUUCCACGUAAGAAAGGUAGGCCAAAAGGUUCUAAAAACCGUCCAAAAGACAUGACAGAUUUUGAUCUUCAGGGGUAUGUCCCUGUUCAGAUUAUUGGCCCUGUGGCAGCACCCAGUACUGCUGGAACUACAUCUACGCAAGGCUCUGUCCCAAUUCUUAUCAAUUUAGGAACACAAAGCAGUGUCGCCCGCAUGUUGGUGCCCGCUUCUCCCGUCAUUCUGUCAGAAUCAGGUUUAAAAUUGUCAGAUGUCCACUUUCCUCAAACGCCAUCUGUAACAAUUGCCUCGUCUCUGCCAAAGGAGCUUGUGACUGGUACAAUGGUACAGACGGGAAGUCCACUGACUUCUGUAACUCCUAUUACCCCAGUGACACCAGGAAUCCCCUCAGGGUUUGACCAAGGGGAUUCACAGUCUCAUCUCAAACAGAGGCUCAAAGGUAAACUUUUGAUGAAGAGAUCAUUAAGUAUCGAUAAAGGAUUUUCACCAGAUGGCACCAAAGCUGAUGCCUCACCUUUAAUUGAGCUAGUUUCUAGUCCGGAUAUUCCUCUCUCCAUGGCAACAGACUCAGAAGAAAUGCUAAAUAGAAAGAGGAAAUUAUCAGAAUCUCAAUUAAUAGCAGGAUCCACAUUACUAAGGUCCUACUCGGAGCCGGUAGCAAAGAUUAAAAGGUUUACAAGUCUGUCUGUGUAUGAUCCAGCCCAGGUUUCCUGUGUCAGUGUGGAGCAAAUACUGGCAGAAAAAACUGAUAUGUUAGUUGUACCAACAGCAAGAGAGCAGUACAUUUUCCACCCCUCUCAGAUAUUCAGCCAUCUUAUGUUUUCUUCAAAUAUUUGUAACUCCAAACAAAGCAGUCCAAAAUUAGCAGCAAGUAUUAAUGAUCAAAAUUCAAAAAUCCUUCGCAGUCCAUCCAAAUCAAAACUCAAGGCAGCUCUUCUUGGAGAAAUGGCUGGAGAUUUGUCCUCAAAAUCUUGCAUAGCAGCAGUAAACAGCAAAACUGAACUUACCUCACCAUCACAAAGUGACAAGAACUUGGCAUCUCUGACGUUACUUGGUCAUUCCUUCCCCUCCCUCAAAGUCAAUACUCAUACAACGUUUUGCUGUGUACAACGGCCACAGCCUAUGUACGUGUUACAGGGCAUCAACAAGAAAACAUCCAUGUACUCAAACUGGAAGCUGUCACAACACGAUCCCAACCCUGCUGGCCUCAGCUGUAAAAUGCUGCUUGAGCUGUACGAUUCCCGCUACACCAGUAAUCCUGUGUGUGCUGUUCCUAACUCAGGUAUAUCAAAGGGAGGUGUACUCACUCACAGCAGUUAUUGGUCAUACAAACAAAACCAACGCCAUAAUGAUACGAUGGUUACCAAGGCGACAGUCACACAGACUCCAGAGUCCACUACAGCUGAAAAAACUGAAAAAUCUGACCAGAAUGUGUGUAAGAUAUCUGCAUUCAAAGGUGGAUAUAAAAGUAUGGACGAUUACACCUACAUUAGAGGGAGAGGACGCGGCAAGUAUGUGUGUGAAAAAUGUGGAAUUCGGUGCAAGAAACCAAGUAUGUUGAAAAAACACAUUCGUAGUCACACUGACCUUCGGCCAUACCAUUGUAAACAUUGCCGAUUCUCAUUUAAAACCAAAGGAAAUUUGACCAAACACAUGAAGUCAAAGGCCCACCAUAAAAAGUGUGUGGAGCUGGGCAUAAUCCCCAUACCUACUCAAGUGGAUGACUCACAGAUAGAUAGCAAUGCAUUGGCAGCACAGUGUGCUCUCUCACAGGUCGCACGUAUCGUCAAUGACCGUGAGGGUAAGGUCAAUCUAGGCAUUGAUGAUUCUGAUGAUGAGGAGGACAACAUGGAUAUGUCUGAAGACGAUGAGGAUGUGGAGGAAGGUGAUGAUUCAGGGGAGGUUACUCUGAUUGAGGUAGAAGAGGAUGCAAGACCUGGCAGCGUUGGGGCUGAAGAAAUCAUCGAUGAUACUACAGAUAGCAGUUCAGCACCGCCCCUUCCUUCAGUGGAACAAGGUCUGCUUGGCUUGGUGCCAGUCAUUUGCUCAACAAUACAGCCCAUCCUGCAAACAUCUGAAAAGACAGUUGUCUCCAAAGCUACGGAUAAAGGUGACGAGUCGAUGGUAGGCAGGGAAACUGUUACUACUAGCAACCAGAGUGGAACCACGAGAUUAGGAACUGUGUAUGGAUUUGAGCAGAAAGUUUCAAGUACUAGUCAAGGAGUGACAUUAGGAGAUGGUGUGGAUUCAGAAAUUGCCUGCAGUCUGCUUGCAUUGUCUAAACAGAGUCAGCCAAGUGCCACCUCUCUCACUGAAACACCGACAACUGAUACCAGUAGUGGCACUGCUAAAAAUAUAGAGACUCGUUUGGGAAAUCUGAUCAGUGAACUGAUUAUGAGAACUAUGACUGAUGAGGGUAAACGGAUUCUCCUUCCCUUGGGCUCGAAUCAAAGUGACAAGAAUACAGAUGAGAAAUUAUGUAGCAGUGAACCUUCAAAGGAUGAAAACACUCAACCAGAUUCAUCUAGUCAUGAUCAGUCAGACUUUAACCCUAAAACGUCAGAAUCCCAGAAAGGGUUCCUAGUUACAGUGCCAUUGGGAGGCUUCAUGCCUCCAAUGUUAUCCUCAUCCACACCUACCACCAGCAGCGAGAUAUCUGUUGAACUUGCAAAACUUUUCAAUAUUGGUUUCAAAGAACCAAUCAGAUUGCAUGUUACAAGUCCCGAUCAACCUUCAUCAGAAAUAAGCCAAUCAUCAACCUCGUACUUGCCAUUUCAGUUUAGUCAUCCGUUCCAUAGUUACUUAACUCAAGCCUCGGGCUCUGAAGGUUUUGAGAAGCUGAUUACUCAUUUGAAUGAUCAAGCUAGAAAGCUCAGCUCUGGGUCAGUGGAAUCCAUCAAAGUCACAGAUACUGAAAACUUGACUUCUGUGUCUGUAGAUGCAGGAGAUCAGGACUGUGUUUUCAUUCGUUCUGAAGUUACAUCACCAAAGAAAGAAGAAAACUCUGGAGCUUGUAAUUAUGUCAUUCUAGGUGAGAAUUCUUUUGGCAGAGGAGGAAAAUUUGUCUGUGAUAUAUGUUCAAAAACAUUCCAGGAAAACCAACAGUUGGUACUCCAUAGAAAUAUUCAUUUUAUUGAGAAACCUUUCAAAUGUGACACCUGUCAUCAGGCAUUUAAAACACAUAGCGUCUUCAUGAAGCAUCAACAGUCUGAAUCGCAUCAGACUCUAAUCCGUGGCGAUUUGUCAUCCUCUGAUAAUCCACGUCCAUUCCGUUGUGAUGACUGCAACAUUGCAUUCCGCAUGAAAGGACAUCUUGCAAAACAUCUGAGGUCUAAAAACCAUGUACAAAAAUGGGAGCAAUUAGGAAGACUUCCAGUUGGUACGUACAACAAGUAUGAGACAGCAAUUGCGGGGUUAGAAGCAUCUGAUAUUUCUGUAUUUCUACAAACAUUACUACAGUUUACAAGAACUGAGGGAACAGUCUUAGUUACUUCAGGGUCAGUAGAACAUAGUUCUACCCCAGAACCUACCUAUGAACGACACGAACAUGCUUCCAAUGAACGUGUGACAGUGGAACUGAUAAAACAGGAACCAAUCGACAUUGGGAACAUCGGAAAAGACGAAGAUGAGGAGGAGAAGGAAACAGCACGAGGAUGUCGUACAGGGGAGGAAAAAGGAUUGGUAGAGGGUCCUCAUAUGUGUGGGAUCUGUCGGAAGGGCUUCCGAAACUUGGAACAUCUCAAGAGUCACUUGAUCACACAUGCAGAACUGCGACCUUAUGUUUGUGAGUACUGCGAUGCAGGGUUCACCAAUGCUCAAUCUCUGAAGAUUCACCUUCAAACUCAUGCUCAGGAGCGACCAUAUGUUUGUGGUAUCUGUGGAAACACGUUCGCCAAGGCGGAGAACCUCAAAAUACAUGUGGAGGAACACAACAAAGUGAUGUCAUCAUGGGGCUCUGUUACCAUAGAAACCAAUUAUCAAGGGGAGGUGAAGGUCACUACCGAACAGCAACCGGGGAAAGAGGAGUCUGGGUCUGUAGAUGAGGAAAUGCAUGAAACAUCGGUACAGUCAGUCCCUCCAUUAACAGUUGAAAAAGGUGAUAGUGAAGUGAGUGGUGAUGUUGUUGAAGAUGCUGGUGUAGCUGAGAUUGUUUAUGUGAACAUGAGCUCUGACACGACUGGAGACUUUGUUGUGGUACAGGAUACUGAUAAUUGUAAUACUGAAGAAAAUUUUGGUGAUGUUGAAAAAAGCACAGUCACUACAGCUGUCACCAUGGUUACAAAAAACAUUGCUGAUAACAUUAAGAUUUUACAGGAUCCCUCUGAUAUGGAAAACAUUUUAAUCAUAAGUGAAGAUGUUGAUGGGCAUGAGGAUGGUUUUGUUAUUUACACUGAUGAAGCAAACUCUGAUGUAAAACAAGCUGUGAUUGGACAAAAUUUUCUAGCCAAUCACAGGGAGGAUAAGAAAGUUGAAGCAGAUAAACUACUUGAAAAAGAAAGUGCUGAAACAGAUUGUAGUGCUAUAACUGAUGUUACGACUAAUCCUAUAGAUUCUGAUAAUGCCAAUAAUGAAACAGUGCUUAACAACAAUGUCCUUGAGUCAGAGGUCAAAGCAGUAAGGUCAAAUAUUGAAGCAGAUGUAAGCAAAGCUUCAGCAUGUGUUGACCUUCACAUUGACGGUUCAGAGAUGACUAACACAGAUCAAGAGAGUGAAAAAAUGGAAUGUAGUGCUAGUCAAACCAAGGAAAAUACAAAUUUUAAAACAGAACAUACAGUUUUAAAAGCAGAAAAAAGGAACUUUGAAUCAGAACAAACAAUUCUUGAAACAGGACAAAGGGACAUGGAAACUGAACAUACAAAAUUUGAAAAAGGACAUAAUGAUUUUGAAACAGAGCAAAAGGACAUUGAAACAGAACAUACAGAUCUUGUAGCAAAACAUGACAAUAUUGAAUCAGAAUAUUUGGAUGCUGUUGAAGCAUCUGAUUCUGGUGUAGAAGAUAGGGAUCUUUUAGUCAAACCUGUGGAUACAUCGCCAAAAUUUGUUUUAACUGGGAAGGUUACAGACCAUGACUGGUCCCAAGUUUCAGGUAAUCUCUCUGGCAAUGCAUCAAAUUCAAACGACCAAAAUCCAAACAAAGUUACAGUCUCGGACAAACCGUGCUUUGGCAAAAUUACAGAAACUGGUGACAAUAUCAACCAAACAUUUUGUGCAACAUCUGAUUUGACAGGUGGUACCUUUGGAAAAGUUCCAUCAGAGAAGGGAGAUAACUCUGACAUAAGCAAUAUGCCAGGGCCUGUCAGUCACGAGGCAAUUGUUGUGAAAGACAACAAUGGAAAAAUAAUGCACAUGGCUGCGAUAGAGACUGAGAACUGUGCCACUGACAGUGGUUAA